AAUUUAUUGGCGUUGCGGACUUGCGGCCCUUGCGGGUAACUGAAUCCGGCCCGGAAUGGCGGAAUCGCAACAUUGGAAAAUACUCAAAUAGGAAAGAAAGAAACCGGCGGGAAACCUUGUGGGUCUCUUAAUUUCUUUUCUGCACUUUGAUUGGCGCUUCACCUCCCUUAUCCGCAUAGAGCAACGUAACUGGAGCGGGAGAAAUCACCUAAACUAAAACAGAAAAAGAAAGAGAAAUCAAUCAAGAGUGACUUUUUGAGCGAGAAGAGAAGCAAAUCCCUGUGUAUUUGGAAGCUAUAGAUCUGCCAGAGACGAUACGGAUGGAGCAGCGGGCGUGAGCGAUAUUUUUCUUGGCGGCGAAGGAGAGCUCUGGAGAAUAGAGCCCGCUACUGGGGGAUACCGCUCUUUGUUGUUGCAAGCCUCCUGCCAAGAAAGGUAAACAUCUAGUAAGUUAGUGGAUAUCGCUUCUCCGAACCAUAACAUCCACCCAUUGUUUCUCUUCUGAUAACGCAGUUCCUAAGUUUUGCUUGCUAGUGAAAGUUGAAUGAUCAAAACCUGUUCCCAGUUCCCUGUUUGGUUGAUGAUCAAUACUAGAUAUAUUUUCUUUCUCCGUUGAGAGCUGAGUCUAGCCUUUGGGAUUUGACGUGCUUGAGGAGAAGAAUGUGGACUUAUCGAAUAAGAAUAUAAGAUAGAGGAAGGUUUUGGACCAAUUAAAUGAACUGGGGAUUCUGUCAAUUACAGAUUGGAUGUACGAACUGAUUAAUGCUUUUGCUGUAUCUCUCGGGUCCCAGAAAAUUGAUUGUUUAUAUGGAUGGGUUGCAUGUCUUGGUGAAAUCAAGUGCUGAAGAUUGUCGAGAUCUAAAGAAGCGAUGGAAGCCAUUAGAGAGAGUGGAAGACAUGCUUGAUAAUUUCGAUUGUGUGUGCUGUCUUUGAUUAUUACAUGGGGCAGAGUUUCUUUUGCAGUAGUCAUUUCCUUGGGAGAAAGUGGAGAUGGUAUCUGGAAGUUGUCCCCGCUUAUAUACGGAGUGCAUAAACUUCAUCUUAAGCUUCUUAUUGAUUUGCUUGGAUUUGUGUUCAGGGAUCUCAUUAAUUAUUGCCUCAACAUCUUCUAUGUAAGUCCAAGUUGUAACCCUUACCACACAAGUCAGCUUCUUAGAGGAGAUAAAGAAGGAACUUGAAGAUCCCAGUACAAGGCCUGUGAGAACAAUGGAUAGAAGUUGGAUACAUGAGCCUAAUAGAUUGAGUGAGAAGUUUUUGAAAGGGCUUUAUAAUUUUAUUCUUUUUGCCAAAGCUUCCGCGAGAGAUGGAAGAUUUGCUUGUCCUUGUCAAAAGUGUGUGAACAUGCAGCGGUUCUCACCAGGUGUUGUUUCUUCUCAUAUACUGGAAAAUGGGUUCUCGCCGGGGUAUACAGAUUGGAUUUUCCACCGAGAUCCAACCUCUCAAACUAGUGAUUCUAGUUAUUCCCACCAAAAUGAUGAUGGACUAAGAGAAGUUGAUGCACAAGAGCAACACGGCGUUCAACAGUUUCUUGAGGAUAUGGCUGUUGGUUAUGAUGAGAUUGAAAAUUCAAGAUCCAGGGUAGAAAAUGAUUGGGGUGAUAGCUCCACUAUUGAUGAUGGCACCCAACCAACUGAGGCAUAUGAAUAUGCCAAAAGGUUCCAUGAUUUAUUGGAAGAAUCUGACGAGGAACUUUUUAGUGGAUGUCGUAAGCAUAGCAAACUCUCAUUUAUCCUUGAGUUAUACAACAAGAAGUGUAUGUAUGGAUGGAGUGAUAAGUCUUUUGAGGACUUACUGACCACAAUGAGGGAGACGUUGCCUGAAGGGGAAAAACUUCCAGAGUCAUCUUACGAAGUCAGAAAGUUAAUUGAUGCAUUGGGUCUUGAUUACCAAACAAUCGAUGCAUGUCCAAAUGAUUGUAUGCUGUUCUGGAAAGAACAUAUUGAUGAGCCUAGAUGCUUACACUGUAAUGCAUACAGAUACAAGGAAGAGACUGAAAGUUCAUCGACUUCAAAAAGAAACAAGAUUCGAAAGGGAGUGAAAGUACUCCGUUGGUUUCCUCUGAUUCCAAGACUUCAAAGGUUAUUCAUGUGCAAAAAGACGGCUUCUUUAAUGAGGUGGCACUUUGAUGAACGCAGGGACGAUGGGUACUUGAGACACCCUGCGGAUGCUCGUGCAUGGAAAGAUUUUGAUAGUCGAUAUGCUGACUUUGCUAAGGAGCCGCGCAAUGUUCGACUAGGACUGGCCACUGAUGGGUUUAACCCUUUUAGGUCAUUAAGUAGCACUCAUAGCAGUUGGCCAGUGGUUGUAACUGCCUACAAUUUGCCGCCCUGGUUAUGCAUGAAACAGUCUUCUUUGUUCUUGUGCUUACUCAUUCCUGGACCUAAAUCACCCGGAGCUAAGAUAGACAUCUACUUGGAGCCCUUUAUUGAAGAGCUGAUUCAUUUAUGGGAAAAAGGAGUUGAUACAUAUGAUGCUCACGCGAAGACUACUUUCAAGUUGCAUGCAUCGUUGCUAUGGACUAUAAAUGACUUUCCGGCUUAUAGCAUGUUAUCAGGUUGGAGAACGAAAAAAGGCUAUGGAUGUCCAUGCUGUGGCUUCAAUACUUGGUCAAAAUGGUUAACGCAUGGUAACAAAUAUUGUUUUUUGGGGCAUCGUCGGUUUUUAAGCUAUGAUCAUUCAUGGAGAAGAAAUAAGAAAUGUUUUGAUGGCACUGAAGAGUUGAGAGGACCACCUGUUCGGAUGACCGGAUCUUGCAUUCGUGAUUUAUGGGAUUCUAAUGGAUCAACAAGGGAUCUAAAUGGUACAAACAUAAACAUCACGGAGGGGUGCAACAAGAAAAGCAUAUUUUUUCGUCUUCCUUAUUGGGAGUACAAUCGAGUUAGACAUAACCUUGAUGUCAUGCACAUUGAAAAGAAUGUAUGUGAUAACAUUUUAGACACAUUGUUAAGUGUUCGAGGGAAAACCAAGGAUAACUUGAAGGCUCGCUUUGAUAUGCAGGAAAUGGGUAUAAGACGCACUCUUCACCCAUUUAAGUUGCCUACUGGGAAAUACGAAGCAGCCCCCGCUCUUUUUGAGAUGUCUUCGACAGAGAAAAAACAAAUGCUUCGUGUGCUAAAACAUGUGAAGGUACCUGAUGGAUAUUCUUCCAACAUAUCUCGUUGUGUAGAUGUGAAACACAAGAAGAUAAGUGGUUUGAAAAGUCAUGAUUGUCAUGUAUUACUACAUGAUUUGUUACCAGUAGCAGUGAGGGGAUGUCUGAAAGAUAGAGUAGCUAGAGCCUUAAUUGAUUUGAGUGCUUAUUUUAGAGAACUAAGUUCUAAAGUUCUUAAAGUAAGUCGUCUUGAGGAGAUGGAAGUAGAGAUUGGAGAAAUAUUGGCUCGUAUGGAGAUGAUAUUUCCUCCAUCAUUUUUUACUAUCAUGGUCCACUUGGUCGUACAUCUUGUAGAAGAGGCCAAAUGGAAUGGACCCGUGCAAUAUCGAUGGAUGUAUCCAAUAGAGAGGUACUUGAUGACACUCAAAGCUCAUGUUGGGAACAAGGCUUAUCCUGAAGCCUCAAUUGCUCAAUGGUACAUUGCAAAUGAAGCAAUUACAUUUUGCUCUAGAUACUUUGAAGGAGUCAGAACAAGAUUUAAUAAACCUGCAAGAAAUAGUGAUGACAUGGAUCUAUUGAGAACGGAAGAUUCCCCUGUGAACACUACUUCGGGUCAUCCCAUUGGAAAAGUAGAAAAUAUUAUCCUUGAUCCUACUUCUUGGGUUCAGGCUCACCGAUAUGUGCUAUACAACUCAAAGGAAGUUCUCCCAUACAUAGAAGAGCAUAAGGAUGAGAUUAAAAGGAAACUUUCAAGCAGAAAUCGUAGAAAUAAUGCUUCUCGUCUAAUUGAAAUUGAGAAAGUCCACCAUUCCACCUUUGUUGAUUGGUUCAAAGGACGGGUAGCUAGGCUAGAGGAGAUGCAUGAUCCGCGAUUUACUGCUGAACUGAAAGGGCUAGCCCGAGGUCCGAACUAUGGGGUUAGACAAUUUAAAGGUUACAUCACCAAGGGAGUCAGAUAUCAUGCAAACUGUCGUGAAGAGGAAAGAAAAACUCAAAACAGUGGCGUUGUUGUAGCAACAAAGACCUCAAGUUUAGAAGGUGAAAUUUUAUAUUAUGGACGGAUAAUUGACAUGAUUGAGUUGAACUACUUCGAAAGGUUCAGAGUAGCUCUAUUUAAGUGUGAAUGGGUUGACGUGGAACGUGGAAGAGGGUUGAAAAAAGAUGCAUACGGAUAUACUAUGGUGAAUUUUUCAAGAUUGAUUCACACAGGGUCUAAUAUACGUGAUGAGCCUUUUGUCUUUGCAGAUCAAGUUAGGCCUGUAUUUUACAUUAAAGAUUCACAGGAACCUGAUUGGUAUGUGGCACUUCGAACAAAGCCUAGAGACACAUAUGAAUUAGGUGAUGAAUUAGUUUAUCAAUCGAAAAAUGCGGAUCAAUCACUCUCGGUGGAAAACGCUGGUCCAGCUAGUGAAGAUGAAAAUUGGGUUCGUAAUGAUUUACGUCCUGUAGCAUUUGAGUAUGUAGAUCCUGGUGUCGCUGCUACAACGAGUGUCAUGUCGGAAGAUGAAGCAUAGACUUUGGAAGUUUUACUUUUCAAUUUGACUUUUCAUUUUUCCGAUGAACAUUGAGUUGUACUUAGUUUCCAUUUGAAAUGACAAUGUUGAUUCACUCGAAUUGUGUGAUAAAAAAAUUAGCUGAAUGUUUUCUUAAAUGUUCCUGUUAUCAAUUGGAGUGCAUUGAAUAAUUGGUGCGGAGCCUGUUGGAAGCAACAUAUUAUCCGGGGGUAAGCCUGGAUUCAAGCCAUUGGGGGAUGAAGAGGUGUACAGCUUUAGGUCUGAUCAGAAUACGGAAAUACAUGUGUUAUGUCUGCACAUAGCUACUGAAUGCCUCUUCUAAAAGCUUCCCUCCUUCAUUGUCAUUUCUAAUUGAAGAUGUAUUGGUUUAAAUGUAUGCAGAUAGUGUGUUGGUCUUGAUUUUUAGUCCACCUGGUUAUGGAGUUGGGCUAUUGGACACAAGGCGGUAUGGUGAAGUGUGCUAAGUGGAGAUUUAUGGACUUACCACGAUUCACAUGAAUUUUAGAUGAUGAAAUUCAGAAAGGUCUGGAUAAUCGAAUUCCUCAUCUAUGGGAUUGGCACUGGGUGCAAUCAUAGAAACCUCCAGAGUUGCUUCUUGGGGCAACAAAGUAUGGUCCAGCUGUUGAUAUGUGGUCUGUUGGCUGUAUCUUGCUGAGCUUCACCCUUAUCUGCAUAGCGCGCAACUGCAGCUGCAGACAGACUUCUAAACUAUAAAAAAAAAACGUGAGUAACUUCGACAGCUAGCAACUUUUUGAGCUAAAACAGAAGCAAAUCCCUAGCGCAGAGACAUCCGUCAGCGCGGAUUGCCUGGUGGGCCUGAUAGAUAUUCUUCUUGGCGAGGAGAGCUCGGGUAAACCAAGACCGCCACCUGAGAUCGAAGCUAGGGGAGAGAAAAACCAUCACCUGCGCCCUCGAAUUGUAUUGUCUCAGAGGUUUUUCGAAUUUUCGGCUGUGGCCUGAGAUUUCCCCUUGCGCCUACGAAUCAGGAUCAAUUCAAUGCGAGUAUGACCCAUGUUCAAGCCAUAUCCAUCUUGAUCUCCACCUUUCACCAUGGCAAGAAUCCUUUGGCUAUUGAUCAGAGAACCUUUGCCAAGUACACAGAAAAAACAGCUUUUGAGAGGCCAUUAAUGAGUGGUGUGGCAUAUGCUAUAAGGGUCCUUCACUUGGAAAGGGAGAAGUUCGAGAGGCAACAAGGUUGGUCCAUAAGAAGAUGAACACCGUUCAACAAAAUCCAGUUCAUAAGGACAUUCACAUGCCAGAGAAGUUUGAGCCAUCUCCAGUCCAAGAGGAAUAUGCUCCAGUGAUCUUGGCUCAAGAUACUGUUGCUCAUAUGGUUUCUCUUGAUCUGCUGUCCGGGAAAGAAGAUUGUGACAAUGCGAUACGAGCAAGAGAAUCCGGGAAAGGGGUACUAACUACUCCUUUUAGGUUAUUGAAAACCAAUCGCCUUGGUGUAAUUUUGACAUUUGCUGUCUAUAAAAGGGAUCUCCCUGCAGAUGCAACUCCAAAGGACAGGGUGGAAGCUACUGAUGGGUAUAUAUUAUUUUUGGCAUUAUUUUUUAGGUAUUUGGAAGGUAUCUUCGACAUCGAGUCACUCGCAGAGAACUUAUUUCAACAGUUUGCAGGCAAAAAAACCAUCCUGGUUAACCUAUAUGACACAACUAAUCGUUCUCAGCCAAUCAGUAUGUAUGGCUCCGAAGUAUAUGUGGACAAAUUGGAGCACGUGAUUGCUCUUAACUUCGGUGACCCCCUUCGAAACCAUGAAAUGCGUUGCAGAUUCAAGCACAAAGCUCCAUUGUCGUGGCUUGCAAUAACGACUACAGGUUCUACUCUUGUGAUUACUUUGCUUCUCGGAUACAUAGUCUUUGCAACCAUGAACCAUAUGGCCAAAGUACAGGAGGAAUACAAUCGGAUGGUUGAGUUAAAGAAAAAGGCUGAGGCUGCUGAUGUUGCAAAGUCUCAGUUUCUUUCUACUGUUUCUCACGAGAUUAGGACCCCAAUGCAUGGUGUAUUAGGAAUAUUAGAUAUCCUUCUAGACACUGAUCUUGAUGUGACGCAACAAGACCAUGUCCGAACCGCACAAGCUAGUGGAAAAACUCUUGUCUCACUUCUGAAUGAGGUGUUGGACCAAGCAAAGAUAGAGUCUGGGAAGCUUGAUCUUGAAUCCGUACCGUUUGACCUUAGAGCCAUUAUGGACGAUGUUUUGUCUCUCUUCUCUGGGAAGUCUCAGGAGAAUGGGGUUGAGCUGGCAGUCUAUAUCUCUCACCGUGUUCCUGAUAUGCUCAUCGGUGAUCCGGGAAGGUUCCGACAAAUCAUCACCAAUCUCAUGGGAAACUCAAUUAAAUUCACUGAGAAAGGACACAUUUUUGUUACUGUCCAUCUUGUUGAGGAAGUGAUGGAAACCACAGACAUUGAAAGAGAAGCAUCAUCAAGAAACACACUGAGCGGGUUUCCUGUACCAGAUAAACGCCGUAGUUGGGCAGGAUUCAAAAAUAUUGGUCAAGAUGGACGCAAUUGCUCUCUCUCUCCCGACCGUAUCAGUGUGAUUGUGUCGGUGGAGGAUACAGGAGAAGGUAUUCCUCAAGAAGCUCAACCUCGCAUCUUUACUCCUUUUGUUCAAGUUGGUUCAUCCAUCUCUAGGAAACAAGCAGGAACCGGAAUUGGCCUUAGCAUAAGCAAAUGUUUGGUGACCCUAAUGGAUGGAGAACUUGGGUUUGUGAGCAUACCAAAGGUUGGUUCCACCUUCACAUUUACCGCGAGUUUUACAAUUGGUUGCUCGAAACAAUCUAAGAUUAUCUACCCAGAGUUUCAAUGCAUGAGAGCCUUAGUCGUUGAUUCUAGGCAAGUUAGAGCCAUUGUCUCUAAAUACCAUGUGCAAAGGCUUGGAAUUCAAGUAGAAGUAGUUCCUUCUUUAGACCAUGCUUUGUCUACUAUAAGUAUCGGGAAUGCGAUUUUCAGCAUGGUCCUAGUUGAACAAGUUGUUUGGGAUGCGGAUUCAGCAGUUUCUUCUCUCUUUGUCAACAAAUUAAGAAAACUUGACCAGCAACUUAGUUCAAAGCUAUUCAUCCUAGCAAACUCUGUUAACCAUUCCAAAAAAAGAGACAUGCUUGAGCUUCAUGGGUUGAGUAUAAUCAUGAAACCACUGAGGUCAAGUAUGUUGGCUGCGUCUUUGCAAAGAGCCAUAGGUGUGGGGAACAAGGGGAAUCUUCGGAAGCUCUCUAGUUUGUCUCUUUCGGGAUUACUUGCUGGAAGGAAGAUUCUUGUUGUGGAUGACAAUUAUGUGAACCUUAAGGUAGCUGCUGGUGCCUUGAAAAGAUAUGGAGCUGAUGUGGUCUUGGCUGAGAGUGGCGAGAAGGCAAUCUCUUUUCUCGAGCCUCCUCACACAUUUGAUGCCUGCUUCAUGGACAUCCAAAUGCCUGCAAUAGAUGGCUUUGAAGCUACAAGAAGAAUUAGGGAAAUGGAAGAUAACAUCAAUGACCGAAUUCAGAAUGGAGACGCAUCAAUUGAAGCAUGUAGAAAUAUCUCAAAUUGGCAUGUACCUAUAUUGGCAAUGACAGCUGAUGUCAUCCAAGCUACACAAGAUGAAUGCAUUCGAUGUGGGAUGGAUGGAUAUAUUUCCAAACCGUUUGAAGGCGAGCAUUUGUAUCGGGAACUUUCGCGUUUUUUCACAAGUUCACCUCUGAUGAAAUGUAUAGAGAACUUUUGAAUGAUUGGAUAGCUCAAUCAGAAGAAUGGUUCCUUGGUCAGUUCGUAAACUGCUCAAAUGGUUGUCAUAUUUCGCUCCUAUAUAGUGAUUCUGGAACUUGAAUGAAGGAACACUUUUUCAUGCAAGCUUCCACUUAUCGGCAAAUAUCUAACUAACCUCAUCGGGUGAUCCACAAAGCUCAAAAAUCUUGCAUGAUCGUCAUAUCAUUAAAUAAUAAAUUAUUUAAUUUUAUGGAG